AUAGUGUUAUGUUCGGUUCUUUUGUUUUUGAAAUUAGUGUGUGUAGGUGUGCGUGUUUGUUAAUGUCGCCUAGACGAAAUAUGUUUUGGUUUCAGAGGUUUUUUUUGGUGUAAACAUAUUAGUAUGAACAGUUGCCUAUUUCGGUGACAUUUACAUGUUUAGUAUAACCCCUAAGUUAUCUAUGUCCUAAGUAGUGUAUUACUGCAACGAUUGAUAUAUUUUGCUUUUUAAACAUUUUUGUUUAUGUAUAAAUGCAGUAAUAAAUAAUGAAUAAAAUCAAUAGAGUUUCGGUUAAACAUGUAAAUCCGAACCCUCUAUUUACGAAAUGGUUGACAGAAUGGCGGGAUGAUGCCUUGGAACGGAGGUCGAAGCUUUAUAAUACAUUCAAUUUUGCUUUAAAAAAUCUCAGUAAAUUUCCACUGCCUCUACGCAGUGGGAAAGAUUGCAAAAUAAUUAAGGGAUUUGGUAAACAACUCUGUGAAAUGUUAGAUAAAAAGUUACAAGAGAGUAGAAGUGAGAAUGUUUCUAGAAAAUCAUGCAAAACAAAUCAUGAAUAUAUUCCAGCCUAUAGAUCUGGUGCAUAUGCCAUUCUGUUAACACUAUACAGUAAAAGCUUGGAGGCAAAUUUUCAGGGAUAUCUAACAAAACCUGAAAUAAUUGAAUUAGGUCAGCAUUUCUGUGAUAAAUCAUUUUCAAAACCAAAUCCUGGUACAUAUAACACUUGUUGGUCAUCAAUGAAAAUCCUUUUGAGUAAAAAUUUGGCAGUAAAAAACGGUUCCCCGGCUAGAUAUUCACUAACAGAAGAGGGUAGAAAUUUAGGGGCUAGAUUGAGUGCUAGCAGUAAUAACGGUGAUCACAGUAACUGCCUAGCAGAGCCAUAUAUUAAUAGAUUACGAAAUAGUAAGAAUGAAGUUCCAAUUUUUCAAAAUAAUACAGAAUUUAAAAGACCAGUUACUAAUGAAAAUAUGAAAGACUAUUUAGAAACCGAUAUGGUAUCUUUUACUCCCAAAUCUUUUGAUGUAGUCCUUUUGGUAGAUUGUAAGGAAACCCUUGGAAGCUUAAAUGUAGGAAAUGAUCCCAUAAUAAAUGGUUUAGUAGCAAUAGGAGUGAAUCAUGAAAUACGUCAUUUAAAGGUGGGCGAUUAUACAUGGAUUUGUCGAGAAAGGGAGAGCAAAAGAGAGCUGGUACUGCCUUAUAUCGUAGAAAGAAAAAGACUGGAUGAUCUCGGAAGUAGCAUUAAAGAUGGCAGAUUUCACGAACAAAAAUUUAGAUUGCGCCGUUGCGGUCUUGGAAACGUCAUUUAUUUAAUAGAAAGCUUUGGAUCUACAUCUCAUCUUGGUCUUCCUAUUACAUCGUUAUAUCAAGCAGUAGCCAAUACUUUGGUUCAAGAUGAAUUCUCUGUAAAAUUUACCGACGGUACUUCUGGUUCUCUACAAUAUUUAGCUUCCAUGACGAAAACCUUGACAAAACUGUUUAAAGAUAAAACAUUAAUGAGUCGCCCAAAAGAGACAGUUAAGGAAUUAGAUAUUAAUGAGGACCUGAUCCCUCUUAUGUGGUUUCAAGAAUUUCAUAAAUGUUCCCAUAAAAGACAAGACCGCACAGUAACAGAAAUGUUUAUUUGUCAGCUGUUGCAAGUAAAAGGAAUAUCUUUAGAUAAGGCAUUAAGUAUUGUGGAAAGAUAUCCUACACCUAAACAUUUAAAAAACGCUUAUGAAAAAUGCAGUUAUGGGGAAAGAUUGCUCAGUACAAUGCAAUAUGGAAAAUUGAAAAAAAAUAUGGGCCUUGCCUUAAGUAGAACAGUUUAUUUAUUGUACACUAACAAGUUCUUCCAUUAGAAUGUCAUAAAUAAUGGCAAUAUAUUACAUAUUGUUUAUUGCUACUAAAUCAAAUAUAUAAAUUAUACACAACAUCAAUUGAU